ACCCUUGUUCUGCUUUGUUACAGGAUUGCCAUGCUACUUCCAAUGCUGCUCCAGUUCUUGAUGAACAAGAAGAUGUCAAACUGCUGUGGGGGAAGCAGAAUGGAACUCAUACAAGCCUACGAUUCCGAAGAGCUUGGGACACUUGUGACCAUCAGGAUAUGGUGCUAGGGGAAGAUACAAUCCGAGUCAUAUGGGCAAUGGGAGAGAGAGAUCCUGUGAUUGAUGACAUCAUUGGUGUUUCGGGGCUUGAGUGGCAUGGUGCUCAAAAUAGGGGAAGCCGUUCCCUACAUCUGAGGGGACCCCCUGCAGUUCUUGAGCCACAUGGCACGGAUAUCUACUCGUGGGAUGUCAGACAGGAAGAGUUUAUCGUACCUGAUAAUAUGGACACCGUUUACUGGUGCAGAAUAUUCAAAGUACCAGGUCUAACAAAGAAGCACCAUAUGCUUGGAUAUGAACCAGUCAUUACGCAGGACUCACAUCGCCAUGUGCAUCACAUGCUCCUCUACGAAUGUGCUCCCAAGUCUCGCCAAAUACCUUUGUUGGAAAAAGCUGCUUCAGAACGUGGUGCUGCGUGUUACUCUCCAGCAAUGCCCCCAGAGUGGGAUUCCUGUCUCACUCCUAUUGUUGCGUGGGCCGUUGGUUCUCAAGGUGAAUUUUUUCCAGAGCAUGUUGGUAUACCUCUUGGAGAAGGUCAUCGUUCUACCUAUUUUAUGCUGGAAGUUCAUUAUGAUAAUCCAUCACUCAAACGAUUGAGAGAUAAUUCAGGCCUCAAAAUUUACUACACUCCAAAUCUACGACAACAUGAUGCUGGAAUAUUAUCCACUGGGAUUGCUGUUUCUCCUUUGCACAUGAUUCCUCCCCAGCAACCGGGCUACACCACCUUUGGUUACUGUCCAUCGCAAUGCACCAACAAGUUACUGCCAGGUGGUGGCAUCAAAGUCAUUUCAGUUGUUCUCCACUCUCACAUGGCUGGAAGCCGGAUGGAAUUAAGACAUUUAAGAGAUGGAAAAGAACUUCCCCGAAUUGCACAGGAUAAGCAUUACGAUUUCAACUAUCAACAAGCUAGACGCUUGCCCAGAGAAGUUGCUGUUCUCCCAGGGGAUGAACUAGUUACAGAGUGCGUCUACAAAACCGUAAAUAGAAGCUAUCCAACAUAUGGCGGUUAUUCAACAAAACAGGAAAUGUGCCUCUCUUUUGCUCUUCAUUAUCCCCGAACUCCUCUGUCUGCAUGCCACUCCAUGACCCCAGUGGAACACUUUUUUUCCACUUUGGGAGUAGACCAAUUUUAUGGUGUUGACAUGCCUGCAGUAGAGAGACUCUUCCUUAAAACAGGGUCCCCUGAUAAUGGGGCAAGUGAUGAAGAGAAACUUCGCCAACUUGUUAAAUCUUUCAGAACUACAACAACACCCACUCCUAGUGUAUUUGAUGCUCCAGUUGGUGAUGAGUGGGAUGAUGAAGCUAACCAAAGGGCUAUUUUAGCACUAAAGGCUGCUAAAGAUUUUACUAUAGAGGGCGAAGGUGAUCCAGAGGGAGCUGGGGCAGGACCUGGAGGUCUCUUCGCUGAUCUUGUCAUAAAGGAGCCCGCCCAAUUCAGAAACAGGACGUUUACAGAGCAUCUUCUAGCUUUACCCUGGUCAGAAUCUGAUUUUACGUCUAGACUAGAAGAGGUUUUAAGCAGUCACCACAUGGCUUUUUGUAGACUACAAGAUGAUCAGUUAGCUGUGCCUGCAGAUGUGUUUAAAUUGGAGAAUACAACAGCUUUCUUGAAUGAAUCUGAGCAGCCUACAUCCCAGUGUCAACAUGAAUUUAGAGAAGAUCUUGACCAACAGCAUCUUUUUAGUGGGGCUGCAUCUAGACUAGUCAUGGACUGUUCAAUAGCUUUGUCAAUUUGUCUGUUAGUCUUCGCGUUUGUCUGAUUGGAAUGUAUGAGGAAAAGUAUAAUGAACUUCUCAUUGACAUGCUCUCUGCAAGAAGUUCUUACCAACAACAUUUCAAGGUAGUAUGAAUGCUCUGACAAAUUUCCUGCAGCAGACAUGUCAAAUUGUAAGUUUCAUUUGCACAAAAUUGAAAGUCUGAUUGUAGUUUUAAGGCUUUCUAUAUACUUUGAGUAUUUUACAACUUCAAAAUUCUUCUAUUGAUUUACAAAAGAAAAAAAUUGUGAGCAUACCCAAAGUGUCAGAAAAUAGCAGUCUUGGCAAUUAUCUUGUCAUAAUUCCUGUUCGAUUCUUUAUGAGAGCUUCAACCAAAGACAGUUAACCAAUGAUUCUUAUUGUUCUUUUUACGCAUCUCACAUCUAUAAUCUAUUAUUUCCCUCUAAUUGCUAUCUACCGAAAUUGCACUUUCCUUUUUAUGUUAUUGGGGGUGUUUUUAGAGACAAAAAUUAGUGUGUAACUGCACGAGUAGCUAGAGAAGUAUUAUCUCAUACCCCUCAUGUGAUAUUUCAGUUUUGUAAAUACCUAUGUGGUCAGCCAUUGUACAUAUAUAUUUUUUUUAACAUUUAGUACUUGCUAUUAAUAUUUUGAUUAUCUAAAAUAAUUCUAACUCAGCACGGCUGGGCAAGCAUGCAAUAUGAUGAUCCCCAACAAGUGUACUGUAUCAUUUCAAAUUGUACAUUGUCUAAUCUUAAUUUACAUGGCAUGCUGCAAUUUAUUACCUCAAUAUAUGCAACCAUAAGUUCCUCUUACAUAUGUAAAUGUGGUUGGAAUUGCUUGUUUAUUGCUAUGAUACAGUAGACAAGUUGGAAAAAGGAAAAGAAGCGUGACUCGUCAAAAGCCGCAGCCAGGAUUAGAACUAAGGCUGUGAAAACUCUUUUGUCAUUCUUAUCUUAAACAUAUUUAUACUAGUUCUCUUUAGCAUUACUUAAACAGCAUUGAAUAAUGCGUUGUCUAAUUGUGGCCUUUGUGGGUGUAUACCACCCUCUUAUUUUCUUAUUUUUGUACCGAGAGUAUUUUAUUUUGUGUAAAGAUAAACGCUGAGAAUUCUAUCUUGUCAGUAAUUUUCAUAAGACUGUCUCUUAAUUUGUAGUUUAUGAUUCUCUCUCUUUUCAACCAUCUUAAAAUUGCUUGCUCCCUUUCAUAAACAAUAAUUAGGUUUUCAAGAGCAUAUUUGUAAAAUUUAAAAAUAAAGUAGGGCCCGUUUUUGCAAUUUUAAAUUUGCCUACCCCUUCAAAAAUGAAUGUUUUGAGCGUUCAUUGAAACAUGCUGUUCAUAAUAUUCUUUUUGAUGUAGAAUGGAUUUCUUUUCAUACUCAGAACUUUCCAAUAUCACUAUGAAGAAUGAACAUUCAACAAUGAUUCUGGCAGAUUCUGGUCAGCCGUAGUCAACAAGUCUCUUUUGCAUUCCAGUCAUAUUAGGUACUAGUGAAAUGGUUACAAAACCAGUAUUGUGUUUAAGAUCUCCCUUGUUUUUGAUUUUCUUUGUAACUAAUUGGGCUUAGAGAAUCUGUUUCAAGACAGCCCGUUCCCUAUAUUUGGCCAUGUUUCAAAUUGAAGUUUACGUAACACAAUCAUUUCAUCUCAUAGUGUUAGGAACAUUGCACCUAGAACAGACUGAAACCAAAACUUGCCCAAGUCGCAUAUUUAAUAAAACAUAUUUUGUACAAA